GUACUGACCCAGUUAUCUUCCCAGGCUUUCUUAGGCUUCACCUCCUCAUCCUCGCUCUCCAUGUCUCACGAGAUCAUUCCCAUUCCUCCGCCUGCACCUGAUUUCGCCGCUGUCACCGCUUUCCGCAACUGCGUGAGUCCCAAACACACUGUCGCCUUGCCGGAGUGUUUGUGGGCGUCUGCCGACCCGGAAGUGCAGAAGUCCUGCUUCCUGGCGCGCGUGUGUCAGCACAGAGCCCCGCGGGAAUGUGUCUUCCACCGUGUGGCGCCCAUUCUGCAGGAGGGACCCACUUGUGGCUUCGUGACCAUCAGUAUGCUCCUUGGCGGCGUCCGCACAGCUGACCAGAUCUUCCAGGAGGCCAAGGCGAAGGGAUUCACGGCGCUGGGUGAGAUGUUCAGCGCCGCCAAUCUCAUGGACAUCCUGCAGAGUCAGGUGCAGUUUUCCGGCUCGUGCCACCUGUUCGUGGGUGAUCUGAACUGUGAUGAAAUCCGGGAGGCUCUCAAGCGCGGAGUCUGUCUGAUUGUGCCCUAUGACUCCGAUGUCAACCACUCUCCCUGCCUCAAGAAGGGUCACAAGGCUCACUGGGCCCUCAUAACUGGAUACUUGAUAGAUAACGAUGGACAGUUUUAUGUGAUAGCGCGUCAGGGAAAGUCUCGCCUGCUGGGCAUCUGGCCACUGUCUGCCCUCGCGGAGAGCAAUGCGAAUCUCACCGAAUUCGCCCAGCCCAAGCAGCAUCCAGAGGCGAACUUUAUCCUGCCAGAGGGCGGAAUCGCCGGACCCAACGGACUCUGCCGACGAUCGAUAGUCAUUUCCGACGGUUUCUCCGGAGAUAAAUUCAUUUUCCACUGACUGUGAAUUACUUUGUUGUUCUGUGCAGAUUUUAUAUUAUGUUCCCUGUUGAAUAACUUAUUGAGUUUGAGGCGAAUAAAGGGAAAAUCAUUA